UUGCAGAACUAGUAUGCAUUUAUUUCUCUCUCAGCAUCACAUCCAAGGGAACUUUACUCUCUCUCAGUUGAGUCUUCCUCCACGCCUAAUCAUCUCUCACAGAUCUGUUCAUGCUCGACACUAAAAUGGAUCCGUCUUCCUUUGUUGGAGUCAUAAGGGAAGCUGCCAAGUGUUUUUGUGGCUGCGUCAAACAAGAGGCUGAUUUCGUCUUUGAUUUGGAAAACAAUCUGCAGAAGCUGGAAGAUCAGAAUAGAAGGCUUGAAGACAUUAAGAAAGACGUGGAAGCACAAAUUGAAGAAGCUGACAACAAUCCAGAGAUGCAAAUAUCACAUCAACUCACUGCUUGGCUGCAACGAGUUGAAACCCUUCAACAGAAAAUAAAAGAUAUUGAAGCACAAGGAGACCAAGAAAUUCAGAGCAAAUGUUUUAGUAAAAGGUGUUCAAAGGAUUGCAUGUCAAGCUACAAGCUUGGAAAGAUCAUUGCUAAGAAGCUCAAGGAUGUGGAUGAACUAACAACUGAGGGGAAAAGCUUCGGUAAGGAUUUUAAAAUUGCACACAAAGUACCACUCAGAGCAAAUGAGAUGCCUCAAGAUGAAGUGGUGGGAUUAGAUUUGAUGGUUGAUAAGGUGUGGAAUAGCAUUGAAGCAAAGAAUGUUGGUGUUAUUGGUUUAUAUGGAAUGGGUGGGGUGGGAAAAAUUAUCCUAUUAAAGAAAAUUAACAAUGAACCUGAGAAGAGAAGGUUGGAUUUUGAUGUUGUGAUGUGGGUGGUGGUAUUGAAAGAGCCCAACUUGGAUAAUAUCAUGGAUAAUAUUAGAAAACAGGUUGGGAUUGAUUAUGGCAUUUGGAAUAGUUGUAGUAAUCAAGAUGACAAGGCAGCAAAGAUAUAUAGAGUCCUUGAAAAAAAGAAAUUUGUCUUAUUAUUAGAUGACAUAUGGGAUACAUUGGACCUGAAAUUGAUGGUGGGAGUGCCACAUCCAAAGGAGACUAAUUUUCAAUGCAAAAUGUUAUGCACAACGCGGUCAGAAGAUGUUUAUGCAAAAACCUUAAAGCUUACUAAGAAGAUGGCUAAAGAAUAUAAAAGGUUACCACUUGUGCUAAUUGUGGUAGGAAGUGCCAUGGCUGGAGUGAAGAUAUUGGAAGCUUGGGAACAUUUCAUAAGUAAAUUAACAAGUUCUUCUUUUACUGCACCAAAUUUGAAGAUGAAAGUAUUAUCUGUCCUUAAAUUUAGUUAUGAUCGUUUGGAUGAAGUACACAAAAGUUGCUUCUUGUAUUGUGCAUUAUACCCAAAGGAUUGUGAGAUUCUAGUUCCUGAUCUCAUCGAUAAAUGGAUGUGGGAGAAAUGUUUUGUAAAGCUAGAAUAUCUUUCUUUGCCAAUGGAAGAUAUUCCAAGAGCAAAGUAUUUCAUGAACUUGUUGUACUUGAUAAAUUUAAAGUUUCUUAGCUUGUGGGGAUACGAGGUGAUGGAAUGGAAUAUUCCAAUGGGAGUGGUAUCAAGUCUUGAACAAUUAAAAGUGUUUAGACUUGAUGACAAGACAAAGAUUAAUCGGGAAGGGAACAUUUUAGAAGAGCUAGAAUCGCUACCUGAUAUUGAAGAAUUAUGUAUACGAAUAAGGAGUCAAGAUAGUCUCAGCAAAUUAUUCAACUCAAUCAAAUUGCAAAGUUGUACAUGCAGCCUUUCUAUUCAAGUAUCUCAUGCGACAUGGCUCAGGCAUGCUCCACUCCUUCAAGAACUUGUCAUUCUUGGAUGUGAGUCAAUGGAACAAGUGAUAAAAGAAAAAGAAGAAGCAACAGAAGAUGAGGAUAUUGUGGAUUCGUCCUUAUUCUUGUCUCUUGUUACGCUGGAAUUGAGCUUUUUACCAAAGCUUAAGAGCAUCCACAAGGCAACCUUGCCUUUUCCUUCCCUCAAAUCCAUAACAAUAUAUGAUUGUCCAGAGCUGAAAAAGUUACCACUUGAUUCCAAUUCUGCCAAACUCAAGUUGACACUCAUCCAAGGACCAGAAAAUUGGUGGAACAAUUUGGAAUGGGAUGACCACGCGGCCAAGCAGAUAUUCCAAUCCAAGUUUAAAGCUUAUUAAUUUAGCUUCCGAGUUUUUGUCAGAUGUAGAUGCAUUAUUACGAUCUCUGCUUUUCAUUACUUUUCUUCCUUAGUGUGGCUUAGCUUUUCCACUCAAAAAUAAAAGUAAACAUGUGUGUUCCAUGCAUAUGAUUCCUUAAUCAA